GUAUCAUUGCCCCCUAGUGAAUGCACUUCCGUUAAAGAGGGAUAUAAAAACGCUCGGAAGGAAGCUAUAACAGUAGUUGAUACAUAUUUCAAAAUGCAGAAGAUCUUGUCAACCAUGCUGUUAAUUGUCAUUAUAAAAGCGGCUCAUAUCCAUCCUAUCCAUGCUUUGGAAACAGAGUACGAAAAUCAAAGUACCAAUAAUGAUCAAAUCAGGAAAGUGGACAGUAGAUUACUCACUCUAAUCAGUAGCUUUAUUAAAACUGAAAUUGAUAAUUCAACAAGUCAUUCAUUGAAAAGAAGACACGUGAACACUCUCUGUUCAAAAACCCUGCGAAAUAAAUGCCAGGAUUCGCAGUCUCUGGAUCAAACACAACAUUCGUCUAUAGCGGAAUAUUCUCUUUGUCCUUGGAGGUUGAAGGUCAAUCAAAAUCGCUACAGAGAACCGAAGCAGAUCAUGGAAGCAGAGUGCACCUGUCCCGGAGACGUGGAAAUGACGAACGUUGUUUGUAGAAAUGUGUACAGAGAAAUGGAGAUUAAGAUAUUUUUAGACGGAUAUAAAUUGAGGAGUGUACAGGAUAUUUCGGUUGCAUGUGUUCCAUUUUUGUUGAAUUGAUUACCAUUAUUAUUAUUUACUCCAUUUAUAUUUAUUCAAUUCUGUUUCAUUCUGUUCGGAGAGUUCGUAAUUACAACAUUUGUAAUACAUUCUUAUAUUUUUGGUUAAUGAUAAUUUUUGUUAAUGGUCCAUAUUUAAGAUAUUGUGUAAGUUUGUACAUCGUUUUACUUGGUGUUGAUCAAUGUUAAGCAUAAGUAUACGGACCGUACUCCAUCUCAUAUUUUAUAUUGACUACCUUAGUCGUUCAGGUAACCUAGUGAUGUCUGUUUUUUGUACAUCAGCGUUUGUUAUACGUUACGUUAAAACAUUUUUAAUUUCUCAGAAGCUUAUAUUUUCUCAGGGUUAGACUAGCGUUUAUAGGAUAAUUAAGGCCAGUAACUCUGUAAAUUUCCUGUUUUUCCAACCCUCAAUAUCUAAGUCGUAACCUACAAAAUUGAUGCAGUGUUGAAAUAAUGUAUAUUCUCUGAUGAGCAAUGUGAAAUAAACACAGUUGUGUGUAAGUAAAUUUUGAAAUUCA